UCUCACUGUCUCAAGUGUUGGUUCUGUGUCUCCGUGCUUUCUAUUUCACGGGUCUUUCACCAGUUCGGAGAUUUAUCGUUUCCAGCAGGACAAUCGUUGGAUUUCCGUGUGUCGCUCAAGCCUGUCGUGUGACAAUCGUGCUGAGAACGGGGAUCACAUUGUCAGUCAUCGAAAACUCUACCGUUCCAUAAAAAGAGGCAAUAUCGACCGCAGCGCCUCCGCGGUUACCAUGGUUUCGCCCUCAGUUCUCGGAGCCGCCGCUGCAAUGGGGCUGGCGCUGCUCAUAAUCGUCUCAGUGGUCUUCUACCGGUUCUACGCCCGCAACCGGAAGUUGGCGUCCCUGACGCAAUUUCCGGGGAGCUACAACCACGCCUCCUCCAGCAACGUAGCCGGCAAGAAGAGGUUAUUGGUCAUGACCGAAGCGAAAGCCUCCAUGGCUCAGCAACAGAAUUUUGCCAUCUUCCGUGAGCAGCCUCGACGUAGCGAUUCGGCGACGCCUCCCUUGGUGUGUUCCUCCUCGGGUCCGGUCCCUGGAGGUAGUGCUCCACAGACCACCAAUGGCACGGAUCACAUGUGCGUCAGACUCUCGCUGCCGGACGUUCACCUCCCAGAUGAGAAAGUCUCCCCAUCGCACUCCUCCUACUCCUUGCCCACCAUGCGGCGAAGGUCUCCCGUUGUGGCCCGUGCCAAGUCCGUAGAUGCCCGUGCCAUGCCUUUCAUUCACCGCCUGUCCAUUUCUGGCCGCUCGGACAGCCAGGAGCUAGUCCCUGGACCCAAGAGUCCCAGUCCAUUUAUCCGAACCCCUUCACCGGAGCACGCCGGGGACCUGCAGCACUUGGACCGGCCCUCCUCGCCAGCAGCAGGUCGACCGCGCUCACUAUCGCCUUUGCUAUCCCCAGCUUACUCCGUCAACUCGGACACAACUAACGCUGGAGCGAUUAGUCCUAUUGGCCCCCAUUCUCUCCUAGGUAACAUCCAGCCGGACUUGUACAAGAAGAAGGACACCGUGUUCUUCCAGUCCAAAGACUCGCGGUGCACAUCAAACAAGUUCGGCAGGCUUCACUUUCGGCUCAAAUACGACUUCGACAAGUCAGAUCUCGUAGUGCACGUUAUCGAAGCAAUGGAGCUAGGACAGAUCUCUGACGACGGUUUCAAUGACCCUUACAUCAAGGUGAAGAUGCUGCCCGAGGUCGACUCUAAACAGAGGCAAACUCUUAUCCGGAGAAAUUCAACGGAUCCUUUCUUUAACGAGACGUUCAAGUUUCCAGUCUCCUUCGAUGACGUGCCUACCAAAACGCUGCUUUUUCAGGUAUUUGACUACGAUAGAUUCUCUCGAAAUGACGUCACUGGCGAAGUACGAGUUCCUCUGAGCGAUAUCGACGUCACCACUGAAACUGAAGUGUGGUGCGAGAUAGAGAAGACAGAAAAGGUGAAGCACGACCGGCCUGAAGUGCUUCUGUCUCUAAGUUAUUUGCCGUCUGCUGGACGCCUCACUGUUGUUGUGCUAAAGGCUUCCAAUUUGGUACCGGAGACCAAGAAAGAAAAACCAGACACAUAUGUAAAAGUCAGCCUCACAUGUGGUGACCGCAAGGUGAAGAAAAAGAAGACCUCAACCAAGAAGACGUCAGGAAACCCAGUUUGGAACGAAGCCCUUUGCUUCGACGUCGGUAGCUCCGACGACCUGCAGCAUGCUCACUUAGCCGUAGCCGUCUGCCACCACGGUACAAACGCCGCCAUCGGAGCUUGUCUACUAGGCCUCGGCGAGAACUCUCAACAAGCUGCCCACUGGCAAGACAUGCUCGCCAAUCCCCGCAAGUCCAUAGCUAUGUGGCACUCGCUCGAGGUGUAAUUCUUUUAUUUCCUUCAAAUCGUCCCGGUACCUUUAAAGAAGGGUUGUUUGUCUCAAAUCGGGAAUCGUUUUUCUCAGAUAGGCUACAAAUUAAGGAAGGUCCCACGUGGUCAAGGCAAGCGCCUAGUUGGAUUCUGCAUGCUAGCCCGUUUGAUGACGUUUGCUGUUGGCGCUUGAGAAGUGGCUAUCGUUCACUGUUGCGCGUCACAAAAAAGUGAAAUCUGUUGUCAAGUUGUUGAAAGUCUAACUCUGUUUGUAAAUCGUACAGUUACUGUUUACAGCUUGACGUUGAAGCUAUGAAAGAUAUGGAACGUUGUUCGGGUCAGGUUUCGGAAGUACAAAGCAACAUAGAUGUAAUGCAGAGCUUGAACCGGAAGGAAGCUGAAUGGAUCAGCAUGGUUUAUAUUGCGAUACUCACCUUAUAUAAGCUGAGUAUUUUGAGAUCUGUUUGUGGUUCAGCAUGGUGAUAUCGACGGGUUUUUUUUUUUUUUCAUAGUUAGAAGAUACGUUAGUUAUUGGCAUAGAACUGGGAAGACCAUUACCCGAAAAUGAAGUCAGGCUUGAUGGAAAUUAGCUGCACGUUUUUGACCAAAAAGGCCAAAGCUCAAUACCUUGCAGGGAAAAGGAAGGAUUAUCACGAAGUCUAGUUGUACAAAUGACGUUAUGGCGCAGCGUACAGGAUUCCCUUUCGUUAGGAUUGCAGAAAAUGAGAGGGUGAGGUUGAACAGGGUAGAAGUUGAACACAACAGAGUGUAGCACGAAAGAUGGUGUUCCUACAGAAGCAUACCUCGGGAAAAUUUUUGUUGCAAUGGUGCUUUGGAUACGAUGGUACGUGAGAAGGCUACAUGAAAACCAUUUGGCACCAUCACCGUGUUUCUACACGAUCUCAUAUUGCAUUUAUAGCUCUCUUUACUCUGAGGUAUACUUCACAGCAGUGUCCGUUUCUGACCCUUCGUGGUGAAAUGGUGUCUUCUAAACCCCAACCUCUCCAAACUGUCGACACCCAUCACUCGCGUACUAGAUUUAGGAGGUUUAUGUGAGAAUUCAAAGUGUGCUCACACUUCACAGUUUCGUGUGGGUCUGAACUAUUUCGCAACUAUUCUGAACUAUUUCACCAUGCGCGGAAAGCAAACUUGUUUCCGUUUUUCUGGACCAGUAAUAACACAAUCAUUUUAAAAAGCAGGCUUCCGUCUUCGAAAAAAAAACAAAAAAAACGUGAACUUAAUUACCUCAUAUAGUGUUGCGCAGGGCGAAAUUUUUUACCCGUUUAAUCGGUGUACAUUUUAAAUUGCAUAAGGAUAACAAAAUAUGUUUUCCAUGAAACCGAUUUAGUAUUGAACCUUUCUCCAUCUUCUUCUAGCGUGUUGCAUUGCAGAGAUACAUGAAACUUUUAUUCUUAUAUCUAUAGGUACAACCCUGCAAUUAAUGCUUCGUAGGUACCAAUUGAGCAGGUCGAAAAUUGUAUUCUUCACGAAUUUUCCUGCAAUUUUUUUCCACAUUUAAAAUCUCGAUGCGUGUAAGGCGCCCUACAUUGAAAUUCCCCCGUUUUUCACCUGGUCAAUAACAGUGCACGAUACACAAUGCCUUCGGAGUUAGGAGAGGACGUCCCUCCACACACGCACACACAGACACUCAGCUCAUGCACUAAAGGCUAAUGCAAACUUUUCGUCGAAAGUGCUGCGUCCUUUCUCCGAGUAACCCGUGCUUCUCCGCUUCAAAUAACUAAUCAAAUGACACAAUAGUAAUGAAACCAGUUACAGUACACAAUGCUAAAAAAUUGAAAAAAAUAAGGAGGGGGUGGGGGCGACAGCAACAGCGUCUACUCUAAAUAAGGCCAGCUCGGUGCACAUGGGCAUGGGCAGCCAAUACCCUCGGACGAUUUUAAACCCAGGCUUCCUCUGGCUACCAGCGGCUGCUCAUGCGGCUGUGAACGGCCGCCGAAAGCCACGUCUCCCUCCUUCACUACGUGGAUACAUAAAGUCAGAAUUCGUCUGCUACCGCAAUUCGCAGUACUGCAAUUACGGUAGUUCUCGACAAGUUCUCUACAAGUUAUCGAAUUCGCAGUACUGCGAAUUCGAGAACUCGCAAAUGAUUGCAGCCAACUUCGCAAAUUUCAACCUGUAGACGAAAAGUGCAACAAACUUUCCAGAAAAUCAGCUUUGACAAAAAUAUGGGACCGUUUUGCGCCUUAUUUUGUUUUCUCAUUUAAUACGCGGGGACGUUCCCUACGUUCGCAGACGACAGUGGCUGCCCAUGCGGCUGACGGUGGCCCGUUUCCGUGGCUACGACCGCUGAAAGCACGUUCGUGAUUGGCUACGGCCGUUGGAAACACGAGCCUGAUUGGCUGACUCUUACCACGAGUAAGCAGGCUUUAUAUAUCUAGGUGGUAUUGCGAAAGCGCGUCGUGAAUGGCGAACUCUUCAUGACUACGUUACGUCUUUCAAGCCAUGGUUCAAGCAAUCAGGCUUCGUUUAGGCGGCGUGGCACGCGAUACGAAGCCAUCUGCUUCAGCAAUUCGCAGCAGGCGAUGUGAAAUGCAGAAAGACUGAGACUGCAAGUGACUGCGUGUCUGGCUCAAGGCAGCUGGUUUCCAUGCUACGGUCACCAGAAAGUGUUGUGACUCAUGCUCUACAUUGAGUACAGAGCUGGCCUCCUUCAGUGGAGAUGGCGUUGGCGCUGUAGAUCUGGUGCGUGGUGGACAAAGGCCACAUUUACCUGAGUCUGAGGAACGAACGCCGAGACAAAACGAAGCGUAGGACACGAGGUGUAAACCGGUAAUUAAAAAGAAAAUACUUGUUUUUCUAUCAUAUUGCGUUGUGUUCCUCAGACUCGAGGAAACUUUACCUCUAUGUACAAAAAUGCUCACGAUUUUUUUAAAUUUUUUAAUGGGGUUCCUUUCUCCACAAUAACGUAGGGUUAUCGCAGCAAAACACAUACAUAGCUAAAGGAAAAUCAGACAGUAACGAAAGUGACUAUUACUGUGCUCUCUUCAAAGCAUCCAAAGUUGCCAACUGUAACCUAAGCAUUUCAUUCACCAUCUCACACACCGGUACAUAAAAACGACAUUGCGACUCAGGAACUACAUCCUAAUUUAAGUGAGAAUUCCCGCAAAACACGCGCCAAAACACGCCUGUGUAAAGAUAACUUUCGCGCUCACUAAACACGCUUACGAUCAGACUUUGCUGCGAGCACCGUAUGCUUAUAAAACUACUACAUUUGUUUAUGUAGCAGUAUAUACCCUUUGCACUCGCAUUUGAAUAAUGUCGGAGAAAAUAAUUACUAAUCGUUCCUUUUAAAGCAUGGCUACUAGUAGACAUUCAUCAAAGUACCCUAGCACACUUCGAGCAGUUCAGCACACAAGGUCCCCUGGGCUGUUUCGCUCUGCACCCUGACCGUUAGAAUUUUUGCACAUCCCGAGGCGUUUUCAUAACGUUGAGUGUUGUGAUGAUAUGACCAUGUUCACUGUUGCCUUCCAUACUUCCUUUGGAGCAGUGGUUCACGGUCAGAGAGCCCAAUCCACACACUCGCAUCAAAGAGCUUCACAAAUAUAUUUUUUCUCCGAAGGACAUUAUAGAGAAUGACUUUUGUACGCUUUCAACACUAUACUAUUGCUUCUAACACUGCUCAGAAUUUUUUUACUUUAUAGGUCUCAUGUCUUCUUGUGACGCAUUGUUUCGUGAAACUGUGCAAAGAAAUUUUGCCGUCUGUCGCGACGGUGAUGGAUGCACAAAAUGCCGCGAGACACGGAUGACAGAGUCGUGGUUGGAUAUUCAGCCUGUCAAGUCCUGCGCAGUACGCGUACAUUCUUAGGAAUGGCAUUGUUCAAAAAUAAUACCUGCGAAACGUAUGCGUGGCGUGAACAAAGGAUAUUAACAUUUUGUUUUUUUGCUUUUUUUUAACGGGGGUUUAGUUAGAAUAUAAUACGGGCCCUUAGGUUGAGCACGAUUCUAAGCAUAUUAAAUUCCUCUCCAGAAAGUAUGUGGAUUGUAACGCUACGAAAUAUUCUGAAUAAAAAAUAAAAAAUAAUUGCAUAAACACUAGUUCACGUAGUACACAUGUGUGCGCCCUUUUAGAAUGAACUUUUUGCACGAAAAGUGCAUAAAUUUGUAAUAUUCCCCCGUUCUAUCCUUUCCCAUUGAUUCGGCCAGAAACACCGUUAUAAAACGCUGACGAACCACGAAUUUUCUAGUGCGCAUUGUUCCGUGCAAGUCCCCAUGUCGUACAUGUGUUUCACGACCCUCUAUCCUUUCCACACUGAAGUGAUACUGCACCACCAACUGUGAAUAAUUCAACUUUCUGCACACACACGACGUGAACGUGCUACGGUGGCUGGGCUUCCAGGAUAGUGCGGAGUCGAAUGCGGUCUGAAUAGAAAGUAAACUGAGCUGGAGGCCUCUCGAGUUUCUUCGUAAUGUGACGAAGGAGCAAAGAAAGAGCAGGCAUGCACGCUUAGCGAUCAAAAUGUGGUUCGUAUCUGAUAGAAAGGAAACACACACAUUGGAAAAUCCUGCAACCACUCGUGGUUUAUUUACAGUAAAAUAUUUGGAACACAGGCCCGAAAAAGUAAAAGGUACAAAGAAGUUCCCCGAGGGGGCUCGUAAAAUGUCACUCACCGGGUGCGCCUGAACAAAGAAAGACGCUUGACGCUAACUCGAGUAUAUAACGUAAUAAAAUAAAUAAUGUAGAGAGGAAUUCGUGAUCCUUCGGGCGCUUAAGAGCCUAACGGAGUUUAAGAUACCUUAAAAGUGCCACCAUUGACGAUUUAGGUAUUUCCAUGUGGUAAUCUGGCAAUACUGGCGAAGAGAGUUCUGGAAGUGAAAUGCCGAAUACCGUAUCACCUUCGCCUCUUCCCUGCCAUACACGACCAAGAACAAAACAACAACUUGUGGUGCCUCCUUCUUAGGAUAUGCAUCGUGAACCACUGCUCUCAACCACUCGUUCGCAAAUUUCCCCACAGGUAAAAGAAAAAAACAACACUUUUUCUCCUUCCAUGUCCCACAAUGAUCCCUUUCCAACAUGGCAUGUGGGGAUUCAUGUAUAAGUACAGCCGUCGUUCACAGAGCUACUGAGAGAGCUAUUAGCGCUCGCUUGGUUAAGCCAGUACAAACUGAAAGCCCUCAAAGUUAAGAAAAACAACUCUCACUAACUGAUUCAGCCGAGAUAUAUACACGCGUAUGACUUGUAUGUGUUUGAGAAAACUCUGUGUCCUGGAUGUACAGACUGCAUUGUUUGUUUGUGUGAAUAACAAAGAAAAAAGUCUUGCCUGUGUCUUACUGUACAUAUGCUUUUGUUAAAGUGUCGUUGUAUCAGAAGUAUUUUUGCGAAUGUCUGAAUCCCCGUGGUACGAAAUAUCUAUGGUGAUAUUAAGAGACACCUUAUCGUCGAGCCCGGAUACAACGUGUGCGGGGUUGUGGUGUUACUAAGGUGCUUGUGUAUAACGAAAAAAAAAACUGUUAUUGCGAUGUACUCAAGAAUAAUAAAUACCACUCUGUUCUUCGCUGUCUUGCUGUUGUAGCAUAUUCAACCUAAGAUACACCCCUGCCAAUGAAAGAUCAGUACACCAUACCUACCGUUUUAUACACCAUCCUGCCGUAAGAACGUUAUAUCCGGGUUCGCACAUAUACCUACAUAUGAUGAAAUUGAAACUCUACAUAUAUAUUUCUGUGUAUAUUAUACGGUAUGAAUUAUGUAAGUAUGUAUCAGCCUGACUUGCUGAAUAUAUAGUGUAUGUUAUUCGA